UCCGAUCUUUGUAACCCAAAACCACCACCAUCUUCACCUCCGGCUACCACAGUCCGUCGCCGUUCAAUUCGCCGUCGAUCACCGGAUAAGGAAUCGUCGGACACCGUUUCCGGCACCAAUUUCACCAUCAAUGCAACAAAAAAGAGUCAAAAUUCUUCAAUUUUGAAGGAAAAUGAGAAUUUUCCUGAGAAAGGGAAAGUUGGUUCUUCUCCAUCUCCGAGUUAUGUGACGGAAGAUAGAAACGAGGAAUCGACGUUAACUACAGUUACACACGACGAACCACUCGAUGAUUCCGUUGACUCAGCGAGUGAACUCAACGAUUCACCUUCGAAUUUGCUUGAUUUUGUAACGAGUUUGGUGAUUAGGGCAAUCAUGUUUCAAAUCAGGAUUUUCUUUAUGUUGAUGAAGUCUCCAAUUUCAUUAAUGUUUCACACUUGCAUGUUUUUUGUAGACCCUUUUGGAACAAUGAGAAAAGGGAGAGUUUUUUCUAUCUGGAUUUUGGGUAGGGUUUGGUGUUUUGUUUGUGGGAUCAUUGGUCCUUCAGCUAUGAAAUGGUUAAAUGAAAACAAGUCCUUUUGGAAUGUGGCAUUUCGGUGUGGAUGGGGCUUUUUGUGGUCAAUCUAUGUUUGUUGCAUUUUGAUUGCUCUUUUGGUUUCUUCACUUGUGUUUAGUGGGUUUUUGGUUAAGGGUAUGGUGGAAAAGCCCUUUCAGAUGAAACAAGGCUUGAAUUUUGAUUACACCAAGCAGAGUCCUGUUGCAUUUGUUCCCAUAAUAUCAUGUGCUGGUGUUGGUGGUGAGUAUUGUUCUGAUGAUAAUAGCGUUGUUGUUGAUAGGUGGGUGAAUAAAAGGGUUAUCCCUUUUAAACAAAAAGUGCAGGUCAUUGUUUCAUUGCUAGUGCCCGAGUCGGGAUACAAUACAAAACUCGGUGUCUUUCAGAUCAGGGUAGACUUCUUAUCUUCCAAUGGUAAAACACUUGCAAGUUCGAGGCAACCUUGCAUGUUAAGAUUCAGAAGUGAGCCUAUCCGCCUAAUCACGACUUUCCUCAAGAUUGUUCCUCUUCUUACUGGUUAUGUAUCAGAGACUCAGACCCUGGAUGCCAAGAUGAGUAGUUUUGUUGAAGGGGAUGUACCUACUUCAUGUUUAAAAGUAACCCUUGAGCAGCGAGCAGAAUAUCUACCUGGUGCCGGCAUUCCACAAAUAUAUGAUUCAUCUAUAUUUAUUGAAUCAGAACUUCCUUUAAUCAAGAGGAUUUUAUGGUAUUGGAAGAUGAGCAUAUUUAUAUGGAUAGCAAUGACGGCAUUCGUGAUGGAGCUGCUCUUUGUUUUAGUGUGUUGUUGGCCUAUGAUUAUUCCAAGAACCAGGCAAAGGAGUGGUUCUGCUCGCGAUACUAGUUCCCGAAACCGAAACAAUCUUCAGACACCAAGUUGAAACUAGUUUUUUUCCUAGGUUUCAUGACAAUGGUGGAAGAAAGUGUUUCUGUCCAAUAGUAUAAUCUUCUGACAUGUAGAUCCAUGUUUUCUUUAGUGAGGUCUUCUAACUUAAAUUCUUUCAUUCUUCAUUUUUUUUUUCUUUCAGAUGUCCUUCCCAGUCACAUUGUACAUUUUUAAUUUCACACUAUGUAUAAUAUAUCUAGAUGUAAACCUGUGUCAUGUAAUACGCAGGGGUAUAUCUGGUUUGUACUUUGGUGUUCAAUAGUUUUGAUGCCAAGAGAAAGAAUAAUGAAUUGGUUUAACAAAUUUCUUUGUACAUGAAAAAUUAAAAUAAAGUGUAAGAUGUUUCUGUAAA